UUUCUAAUUGCUUUUAUUCAGAUUCACCAAAAUGUAUGGAACUGGUGUGCUGAUCUUCCUUCUCUCACUGAGUUCAUCUCUCGCACAAAAUCAGACAACACACGCACAAAUAUACGCCGCGACUGAUAAGGCUUUCAGACACAUAGAUACAAAUAAUGAUACUUUUGUGGAAUUACGUGAAUUGGAGCACACAAUUCUGCACACUGAUGCUAACCACGAUGGUCGAAUAAGCGAAGCAGAGUAUGAGGCAGGUGGUUCAAAGCAUGCUUUCCGCGGAGUAGUUUUCCAGGAAAUGGACUACGAUGGGGAUGGUUACGUAGAUCAUAGCACUCUGAUGGGGCAAUACACGGUGAUGGAUACUAACGCUGACAACACUGUAAGCCGACGAGAGUUCGAUAAUUACUAUACAGCGUUAGUGGAGAGCGCGAUACAACACUAUGGGCAUUUACUAGGAUAAGGAGGUGUGACAUUUAUGCGACUUGCAUGUGUUACAAAGGAAGUCCGAGUUGUUAUGGUGAUUCUAAUAAAAACACAGAAUACUUUA